AGGCAGGUGGUCGAACGCGUACAGUCGGCAGUGCAUAUUCUAGCGUGGAGAAGGUGGGAUGUUAGAGGCGGCGAUAUUCGUUUAUUAUUCAGCAUGAAUUCUGCUAAAGAGAUUGAUAGAAGGCGACAGGCGGCGAUGAAACAGAUAGAAGAUGCUAAAGAUGAAAAUUAUUUCAAGAAAGUUCGGGGUUCGGAUCCGAGAGCGGCCACGUGCAGAGGGAAGCUUCAAUAUCGCCGUUCGAAAUUAAAUCAGGAUAUCAACAAGCAGAUGAUGAUGAGGAACGGCGCGGAGAAGCUUUUCAAGGCAACACCCAAUAAAAAGCUGAGAGAGAUGGUAGCAUUGGAGUUGAGCUUCAUCAACUCGAAUCUUCAGCUUCUGAAAGAGCAGUUGGCAGAAAUGAACAGUUCUGUACAGAUGUACCAAAGUGGCAGCAGCUCUCAAUUGGUUCCAAUGAUCCCACUCGGUUUGAAAGAGACUAAAGAAAUCGAUUUUGAAGAAACUUUUAAGGAUUUUAUAUUAGAACACUACAGCGAAGAUUCGGCUCGCUACGAAAAUUCCAUAAAGGAAUUCAUGAAUACCAGACAAGCAAUUAGGACGCCCACACGUGAUCAGUCGGGUAUCCAGCUGUUGUUUGAAUAUUACAACUUGCUGUACUUUGUAGACCGGCGAUUCUUCCCCCCUCAUCGUAGUAUGGGAAUAUAUUUUGUGUGGUUUGACUCCUUAACUGGAGUUCCCAGCACACAAAAAACAGUGGCUUUUGAGAAAGCUAGCAUCCUCUUCAAUAUUGCUGCACUCUACACUCAAAUUGGAGCCAAACAGGAUCGAACAAAAGGUGCCGGUUUGGAUGCAGCAGUAGAUAACUUUUUAAGAGCUGCAGGAAUGUUCAGGUACAUCAAAGAUAACUUUAGUAAUGCUCCUAGUAUGGACCUUGCACCUGAAACUUUAGAAAUGCUCACCCAGUUAAUGUUGGCUCAAGCACGAGAGUGCUUGUUUGAGAAAUUAAUAUUAACCAAGGUGGAAAAACAAGGAAUUGAUGCAUGUUUUGAUGUGGCGCAAGAAGCAGCAAAGGUAUCUGAUGUCUAUAGUGAUGUUCAUAAAGUUAUAUCUCGGCCACCAGUGAAAGACUAUGUUCCUUACUCGUGGAUAAGCCUUCUACGAGUUAAGGCAGAACACUAUCGUGCAGUGGCUCAUCAUUAUGUAGCAGUUGGUUUACUUGACCACCAGGGUGAUCUGAGUGAUAAGACCAAACGACUAUUGGAAUUCUUGCAUGUGCAAGAUCAAGAAAACACAACUUGUAUUGAUAUUAGAGUGCCUGAAAAUGCAGAAGAAAAGAGACAAUUAGGGAAAGCACAUUUAAGAGAAGCUCUGUUUCUUCACGAAGAAGCACUGCGUCUUCAUCACAUGUGCAGACAACUAAGACAGGUUGACACUCUUCAGGGAAGAUUGAGGAAAGAUCAUGAUAUAUCUUUAAAUAGAUACACAGAUGUGGAGGAAGAGGAUAAUUUUCAAGAAGUUCUUGAUCCACCACAGAUACAACCAUCCACAAAAUAUCAGUUAACGCUAACAUCUCCAGAUUUUUUUCAAUAUAAAGUUAUAGAUCUUUUUCACGACUUGGGUCCUCUUAACAUAUUUUCUGCCAGGCAUCACUGGACUGCUGCACGUACCAUCUCACUCAACAAAACCGGAAUGGAUAGUUUUGGUUUUAGUGUGAGGGGAGAUUGUCCUGUUAUUGUAGCUGGUGUAGAUAAAGGAAGUAUUGCACAGGUGGCAGGAAUGAAAGAGGGAGAUUUUAUAGUUUCUAUUGGUGAUGUGGAUACAAAAUGGUCAAAACAUGAAGAUGUAGUGAAUCUAAUGAGAGAAGGGGGAAAUAAUCUAGUGAUGAAAGUGAUAACUCCUAUGGAUCGCAACUAUUUACAUCCUAAAUCCAUUCUUUCAAACAGUCCUGCUUCCACCACAUCCAGUAGUUCUGGUUCUACAUUUAUCAAAAGUCCAACUGGGAGCCUGUCCAACAGUAAAUGCAAAGAUAAACACAAACGUCUGACAUGGAAUUUUUUUAGACGGAGCACCAGUAAAGAUGCAGUCCCUUCAACAGUUAUGAUUUAGCAUUACAUUGAAAUCUACCCCAUUGUAUAUAUUUCAACAUUAUAUAAAGUAUUUCAAGAGACUCUGUACAUAAUAAUAGUAAUUAUAAGAUUUCAUUGUAUUGUGUAUAUAUAAAAUUUGAGAAUUUUGAUCUAUACGCUUUUCCUGUAUAAAGAAAAGUGUAGAUGACCAACGAUUCUUCUUUUCUUUUUCUUCCUGAGAUCUAUUUUUGUACACAAGUUUUGAAAUUUGUAUCCAGUUGUGAAAUUAAUAAUAAAGUUUUUUGUAAUUUUAAUAA